AUGGCCACAUCAGCCUCCACCACGUACCUCAUCACCGGCGCCAGCCGUGGUCUAGGCAGGGGUUUCGUAGCUGCAUAUCUGGCCCAGCCAGAUAGCACUGUGAUAGCGGCAGUCCGAGACCCAACAAGCUCAUCAAGCAAAAGCUUAGGUGAACUUCCCAAGGGAGCUAAUUCGUCCCUGAUCGUCGUCAAGCUCGACAGCGAUGUGGAGACCGACCCAGCCGACGCCGUCAAGCAGCUGAAAGCCGAGCAUAACAUCACGUCUCUGGACAUCGUGAUUGCCAACGCCGGCAUCAUGAAGGCAUACCCAACAGUGCAGGAGGCCAAGGUUGAAAGUUUCUACGAGCACUACCGUACCAAUGUGGUCGGGGUGGUCCUCUUGUUCCAGGCCAUCUCGCCACUGUUGAAGGCGUCGACCAAAUCAGGGAAAUUCAUCGUCAUGGGCUCCGUCGCUGGCAGCAUCACGUUGGCGGAAAAAUCGCCCGUUCCAAACACAGUCUACGGAGCAUCUAAAGCCGCGUUGAACUUCAUCACGAAUAGGAUACAUGUCGAAAACGAGGAGAUCGUGGCCGUAUCCGUCCAUCCUGGCUUUGUCCAAACUCCCGGCGGCAACAGCGCGGCAGAAUCCUUCGGAAUGGAGAAGGCAGAUAUUACUCUUGAUGAGAGCAUCGGACCUAUGCUAAAAUUGAUUGCAGAAGCUACGCGAGAGUCUGCGGGCGGCAAAUUCAAGCUUUACGACGGCAGUGAUCUUCCGUGGUAA